AUGAGACUUUACGAAACAGAAUUAGAAACUGCUUCGCAGAAUAGCCUGAUACAAUCGGGUUCGCAUGUAAGCAAUUUCAGCUCUAUGGUCUAUUCUAAUCUUUACACGAUUGGUAAAAAUCAGCACAACGUUUUUAAAAUUGAGCGUACUACUCGUAAGUUUAUUGUUCCCAGCGCGCAAAAUUUAAUUAUUGGAAGACCUCAUUUUAUAACCUUACCAAUACUAAAUAGCAUGUACGCCUCAUUUCCUCUUGUUAAUGUCAACAACAAUAUCUAUGCACGUGCGUCGAUGGAACCUUAUUCUUAUAUGAUUACAACUGAAAUAGAGAAGUCAAGUAUGACAUUACUCGAUGUAAUAACUGGCUUAGGAGGCCUAUAUUCUUUAAUUGUAGCCUUCUACGGACUGUUAUACGGUUCUAAAGCCAUAGUGCCUUGGGGUUAUGUUCAACGAAUAAAUUUAAAUUUUGUAGGUUGUAAUGUCCGUAAACUAGUUCGCGAAAAGUUGGACCCAAUCGUUGUAUGGGUCGAACGUCACAAAGACGAUCCAGAUGAAAACGUAAAAAAGACCGGUUUAACUGAGAAUGCUGUAGAUGUACUUUCAAACAAGAUUAAUGAGAUUGAAAGAAGGCAAGAAGCUUUGGAACUUUUUUUGCAGAAUUAUGUUGUGGAUAUGACUUUUUGUGAUAAGCGCGUAUUCACUCGUGAUACUAAUGAUUAA